UCACACAAAGUAACACUCACUCACUCAACUAAACUCACUUACCUAGUCAUUAGAUCACCUGAGUACGUGGUGAAGAACUUUACUUACUUUAAGUCAUUGUCAGCGAGUGGAAAUUAUACCGACGCGUUCACCGCGAGAGUACAUCGACCACCGACCGCACCGUUUGAAAUUGUUGUUGUAGUGUGCGAAAAUAUGUUUGUGGAUUUGUGAUUUUUUUUUUUGAGUGUGUUCAUACAAAAUAAAAAGUAACUGCGAAUUUUUGAUUGUGGGUAGAAGAGCAUUAUUUGUAUUCUGUGUGCGUUUAAUGUAAUUAUCGUUAUGCUGUUGUGUUAAAACUAUCUUUUGUGUACUUACAGUUCUUUUGGGAUAUAUCAACUUUUUCUUCUUUGGCUAUAGCGUUUAGUUAUACAAAAUAAGGAAGCAAUGCUAAUAAGGCACAAGGCGACCAUAUUGGUCGCCGCUACCAUAAUUUUAGGAUGUUUUAGGAUAACAAAUUCACAGAUUAUUGCAAAUUCUAGUGAUUUAUUUACAUGUCCGAAUGGUUGGGAAUUAAAAGGUUUACAUUGUUAUAAAUUUUUUGGCAUCAAACAUUCGUGGGAGAAAGCAGCCGAAUUAUGUCGAAGGUAUGGUAGUGAUUUAAUGGUAGUUGAAAGUUACCCAGAAAAUAAUGUAACAGCAACAUUAGCUGCAGGCAAUACAGAAAGACGUGGCGGUCAAUUACAUUACUGGUUAGGGUUAGCUGCAUUAGAUGAUUUACGAACAAACACAUUAGAAUCUGCAGCGGGUACACUAGUCUCACAGUAUGCUGGAUUUUGGGCAUUGGAUCAACCAAAUCCCCAAUUGGGUGAAUGUGUAGAUGUAACAGUAACUGAAGAACAGCAAUCAUGGGAAUUAACAACAUGCGAAUCACUUUUACCAUUUAUGUGCCGAGCGACAGCUUGCCCAGCCAAUUCAUUCCACUGCUCAAAUGGUCGUUGUAUCAAUUCUGCAUUCAAAUGUGACAAACAAGAUGACUGCGGAGACGCUUCCGAUGAAAUUGAUUGUCCUUCUAACUGCCAUUACUAUAUGGCAAGUAGUGGGGAUGUUGUGGAAAGUCCAAAUUAUCCACACAAAUAUGAGCCUCUCAGUAAUUGUAUAUGGACGUUGGAAGGUCCGCAAGGCCAUAAUAUUUUAUUACAAUUCCAAGAAUUUGAAACAGAAAAAACAUUUGAUACUGUACAAAUUUUAGUUGGAGGUCGUACUGAAGACAAGGCUGUAAAUUUAGCAACACUUUCUGGAAAACAAGAUUUAGCUAACAAAUUAUUUGUAUCUGCUUCUAAUUUCAUGAUUGUUAAGUUUAGUACUGAUGCAUCAGUUGAGCGUAAAGGUUUUCGAGCUUCAUGGAAAACUGAACCACAAACUUGUGGUGGAAUUUUACGAGCCACACCUCAAGGUCAAUUUUUAACAUCUCCAGGUUAUCCGAAACAAUAUCCAGGAGGUUUAGAAUGUUUGUACAUUAUUCAAGCACAAAUUGGGCGUAUUAUUAGUUUAGAAAUUGAGGAUUUAGAAUUGGGACAGAAUCGUGAUUAUAUUUUAAUACGUAAUGGUGAUUCACCAAAAAGUGAAUUAAUUGGUCAACUCACUGGAAAUUUGGAAGAUAAUGUGAAUAUGUUAAUGUCUACCAGUAACCAAUUGUAUAUUUAUUUCAAAACAAGUUUGGGAGACUCGAAACGUGGUUUCAAAAUUAAAUACACUCAGGGUUGUAAAGCAACAAUCGUCGCCAGAAAUGGAACAUUUACAUCGCCAGCAUUUUAUUUAGGAGAUUAUCCAAGUAAUCAAGAAUGUUUAUAUAAAAUUAAAAAUCCUACAGGAAAUCCACUCUCAUUGAAUUUUGAUGAUUUUAAUGUACAUCAAUCUGACUAUGUGCAAGUUUUUGAUGGAUCAAGUACAAGUGGAUUACGAUUACAUCCAGGAAAUGGUUUCACUUCCAGUGCCAAACCAAAAAUUACGCUUACAGCUUCAAGUGGAGAAAUGUUGGUACGAUUUGUCACCGACGCUUUACAUAAUAGUCCUGGAUGGAAAGCUACAUUUUCUUCCGAUUGUCCUGAUUUACAACCGGGAUAUGGAGCACUUGCAUCAAGUCGUGAUACAGCUUUUGGAACGAUAAUUACAUUUAGCUGCCCAAUUGGUCAAGAAUUUGCAACGGGAAAAUCACGAAUAACGACAAAAUGUUUGCCUGGUGGUAAUUGGUCUAUCACUUAUAUUCCAAAAUGUCAAGAAGUAUAUUGCGGCCCAGUCCCACAAAUUGAUAAUGGUUUUUCGAUUGGAUCCACAAAUGUAACAUAUCGUGGAGUAGCUAUGUAUCAGUGUUAUGCAGGAUUUGCCUUCCCUACGGGACAACCAAUUGAACGAAUUUCAUGUUUGGCCGAUGGUAGAUGGGAGCGAAAACCAGCUUGCUUGGCAUCGCAGUGUGUUUCAUUGCCAGACGUUCCACAUGCAAAUGUCACGUUGUUAAAUGGAGGAGGUAGAAGUUAUGGUACGAUAGUACGUUACGAAUGUGAACCUGGAUACGUUCGUACUGGUCAUCCAGUGAUUCUUUGUAUGAGUAACGGAACAUGGUCUGGAGAUGUACCCACUUGCACCCGUGCACGUUGCGCAGACUUGCCAGUAAUUAAAAAUGGUUUUAUCACUGACACAACACGACAAUACUACUUCGGUGACGAAGCUCGAGUUCAAUGUUUCCGUGGAUACAAAUUAACAGGAUCAAAUUUAAUUCGUUGCGGGACAACCCAAGAAUUCAGUGAUCCACCCAAAUGUGAUGAUAUUAAUGAAUGCGCAAAUAGCCAAUGUGAUUUAGCUUCGACUGAAUGUAUUAAUACUCCCGGAGCAUUCUCCUGCAAGUGUCGCAAAGGAUUUGCGCCGACUCUUGAAUGUCGUCCUGUUGGAGAUUUAGGUUUAAUAAAUGGUGGUAUUCCCGAUGAAUCAAUUACAGUUUCUGGCAAUGAAAACGGAUAUAGCAAAGGGAUGGUCCGGCUUAACAAUGGUGGAGGCUGGUGUGGAAAUCAUAUUGGCGGUGGAGAAAAUUGGAUUUUAUUGGACAUGCGUGCUCCUACAAUAAUUCGAGGAUUCCGUACAAUGAGUGUGACUCGAUUUGAUGGAAAUGUUGCUUUUACAUCGGCAGUUCGAAUUCAAUAUACCAAUGAUUUAGCUGAUGUAUUCAAAGAUUAUAAAAAUCCAGAUGGCACAGCUGUUGAAUUUCGUAUUUUGGAACCAACCUUAUCCGUUCUUAACUUACCCAUGCCAAUUGAAGCUCAAUACAUUAAAUUUAAAAUCCAAGAUUAUGUGGUAGCUCCUUGUUUGAAAUUGGAAGUAAUGGGAUGUACUCGUUUAGAAUGCGCUGAUAUAAACGAAUGUAACGAUCAAAAUGGAGGAUGUGAUCAAAAAUGUAUCAACAGCCCUGGUGAUUAUUCGUGCGCCUGUAAUGUGGGAUAUGAACUUUACACAGCCAACGGAACAGCAGGUUUCAAUUUGGAAAACUUCGAAACAGGACUUAGAGAUGGUGAUACAUUCCAAUUUAAUAAAUCAUGUGUUCCGGUUAUGUGCCCACCAUUGAACCCUCCAGAAAAUGGUAUUAUUUUGGCUACGAAAGAGAAAUAUCAUUUUGGUGAAUUGGUACGAUUUCAAUGUGAUUUUGGAUAUGUUAUGUCGGGUUCCGCUUCUUUGUUAUGUACCUCAACUGGUGCCUGGAAUGGAACUAUUCCAGAAUGUCAAUAUGCUAAAUGUGUUUCACUACCCAAUGACAAAAAUGUUGGCCUGACUGUAAUUCGUCCUGAUGAAAACAGUGUACUUGUUCCUUUUAGAGAAAAUGUUACAUUGAAUUGUGGAAGCACUGGUCGAAUAUUGCGAAAAACUGCGACAUCUAGCUUCAGACAAUGUGUUUACAAUCCAACACCGGGAUUACCAGAUUAUUGGCUCUCUGGUGUACAACCUUCUUGUCCACGAAUUGAUUGCGGCUUACCAUUACCUACCCCUGGUGCUGAAUAUGGCAAAUAUAUUGACACAAAAUAUCAAUCAUCAUUCUUCUUUGGAUGCCAAAAUACAUUCAAGCUAGCCGGACAAACCAGUAAACAUGACAAUGUCGUCCGAUGUCAAGGCAAUGGCGUUUGGGAUUUCGGUGAUUUACGUUGCGAAGGUCCAGUAUGUGAAGAUCCGGGACGACCAGUCGACGGUUAUCAACUAGCCAGAAGUUAUGAACAGGGAUCGGAAGUACAAUUUGGCUGUAAUCGUCCUGGUUACAUAUUAAUAAAUCCACGACCAAUAACUUGUAUACGAGAGCCAGAAUGUAAAGUCAUCAGACCAUUAGGUUUAGCUUCCGGAAAAAUUCCUGAUUCAGCAAUUAAUGCGACAUCAGAACGGCCUAAUUAUGAAGCCAAAAAUAUCCGUUUAAAUUCAGUCACUGGUUGGUGUGGUAAACAAGAAGCGUUUACAUAUGUUAGCGUUGAUUUGGGUAAAGUUUACCGCGUUAAAGCCAUUCUUGUAAAAGGAGUGGUUACUAAUGAUAUUGUUGGCCGGCCUACAGAAAUUCGAUUUUUCUAUAAACAAGCCGAAAAUGAAAAUUAUGUAGUGUAUUUCCCUAAUUUCAAUUUAACAAUGCGUGACCCUGGUAACUAUGGAGAAUUGGCAAUGAUUACCCUACCAAAAUAUGUCCAAGCUCGUCUUGUUAUUUUGGGUAUUGUUAGCUACAUGGAUAAUGCAUGCUUGAAAUUUGAACUAAUGGGUUGUGAUGAACCAGAAACAGAACCACUUCUUGGAUACGAUUAUGGAUACUCACCGUGUGUGGAUAAUGAACCACCAGUAUUCCAAAAUUGUCCUCAACAUCCUAUUAUUGUACAAAAAGAUGCAAAUGGUGGAUUGUUACCAGUAAAUUUCACGGAACCAACGGCUGUGGAUAACUCAGGAAGUAUAGCAAGAUUAGAAGUCAAACCACAAAAUUUCCAUACCCCUACCCAGGUUUUCGAAGAUAUGGUUGUUAAAUAUAUCGCUUUCGAUUAUGAUGGAAAUGUGGCAAUUUGUGAAAUUAAUAUCACUGUGCCAGAUGACACUCCACCAAAAUUGAGUUGUCCACAAAGUUAUGUUAUUGAAUUAGUUGACAAACAAGACAGUUAUGUUGUUAACUUCAACGAUACACGACGUAGAAUUAACACAACCGAUGCAUCAGGAGAAGUUCAUUUGAAGUUUAUUCCUGAACGAGCUACAAUUCCAAUUGGAGCUUUUGAAAAUGUGACUGUAGUGGCUACAGAUCGAUAUGGUAACGCUGCACGUUGUUAUUUCCAAGUAUCAGUUCAAGCAACACCUUGUGUAGAUUGGGAAUUAAAACCACCAGCAAAUGGAGCAUUAAAUUGUUUCCCAGGCGAAAAAGGUUUACAAUGUGUUGCGACAUGUAACCAAGGAUAUCGAUUUACCGAUGGUGAUCCUGUGAAAACGUUCAGUUGUGAUGCUAAACGACCAUGGGGUCCAACCUCUGUGGUUCCUGAUUGUGUCUCAGAAAAUACACAACAAGCUGAUUACCAUGUCGUAUCUACAGUACAGUACAGAGCGAAUGGUGCUGUUGCUCAAGCUUGUUUGACUCAGUACACAGAUUUAAUGUCCCAGUAUUAUUUGAACUUAAAUAAUGUUCUAUCACAACGGUGUUCAGCUGUUAAUGUUGACAUGAAUGUCUCAUUUGUAAAAGCUGUGCCGGCAUUAAUCGAAGAUAAUUUAGUCAAAAUUGACUUUAUUUUGGCAAUUGUACCUGCAAUUCGUCAACCACAAUUAUACGAAUUGUGUGGAUCCACAUUAAAUUUGAUAUUUGAUUUGUCAGUACCAUAUGCGAGUGCAGUUAUUGAGCCAUUAUUAAAUGUCUCAUCAAUUGGAAAUCAGUGCCCACCACUAAAAGCGCUAAGAUCAUCAAUUUCACGAGGUUUCACUUGCAGUGUUGGUGAAGUGCUCAACAUGGAUAAAAAAGAUGUACCAAGAUGCUUGCAUUGUCCUGCUGGAACUUUUGCAGAAGAAAAACAAAAGCUUUGUACCUAUUGUCCUCGAGGAUUUUAUCAAAAUCGUGAUCGUCAAGGUUCAUGCAUUCGUUGUCCUUUAGGAACAUACACUCGUGAAGAAGGAUCAAAAGGUAUCGACGAUUGUAUACCAGUUUGUGGAUAUGGAACAUAUUCCCCAACAGGAUUAGUUCCAUGUUUAGAGUGUCCUCGAAAUAGCUACACAAAUGAACCUCCAACUGGUGGCUUCAAGGAUUGUCAAGCAUGUCCUGCAAAUACAUUCACAUAUCAACCAGCAGCACCGGGAAAGGAUCGUUGUCGGCCAAAAUGUACCCCUGGGCAAUAUUCUCCAACAGGCUUAGCACCAUGUUCACUGUGUCCACGUAACUUCUAUCAAGCACUAUCUGGACAAACAACUUGCCAAGAAUGUCCAACAAAUAUGAAAACAGUUGGACCUGGAGCAACUGGCCGCGAAGAAUGUGAACCCAUUCAAUGUACGGAAAAUGCAUGUCAACAUGGUGGACUUUGUGUACCAAUGGGACAUGGAAUUCAAUGUUUCUGUCCAGCUGGAUUUACGGGACGUCGAUGUGAAAUUGAUAUCGACGAAUGUUCAUCGCAACCAUGUUACAACGGAGGAAGUUGUAUUGAUUUACCGCAGGGAUAUCGUUGCCAAUGCCCAACAGGAUAUUCUGGAAUAAAUUGUCAAGAAGAAAAAACCGAUUGUCGAAAUGACACUUGUCCAGAACGAGCCAUGUGUAAAGAUGAACCUGGCUAUAAUAACUUUACAUGCUUAUGUCGAUCUGGUUAUACAGGCAUUGAUUGUGAUAUAACAAUUAACCCAUGUACGGCAAAUGGAAAUCCUUGUGUGAAUGGAGCUACUUGUGUUGCUUUGCAACAAGGUCGAUUUACUUGCGAGUGUUUGCCAGGAUGGGAAGGACAACAUUGUGAAAUUAACACCGACGAUUGUGCUGAAGAACCUUGUUUGUUAGGUGCAAAUUGCACAGAUCUUGUAGACGAUUUCAGUUGUUCGUGUCCACCUGGAUUUACUGGAAAACGAUGUCACGAAAAAAUUGACUUAUGUGCAGCAAAUCCUUGUAAAAAUGGUGUAUGUGUCGACAAAUUGUAUGAACAUCAAUGUAUUUGCUUACCUGGAUGGACAGGCGCAGCUUGUGAAGUAAAUAUUAACGAAUGCUCCAGCCAACCAUGCGAGAACAAUGGAAAUUGUAUUGAUAAUAUUGAUGGAUUUACAUGUAAUUGUGAAGCUGGUUUUACUGGUAAAAGAUGCCAACAUGCAAUUGACUAUUGUUCGUCGGAACCUUGCCAGAAUGGGGCCACAUGUUCGAAUAGAUUAGAUGGAUUCGAAUGUAAAUGUCGACCUGGUUUUGUUGGAUUACAAUGUGAAGCUGAAUUAGAUGAAUGUUUAAGCAAUCCGUGCAAUCCUGUUGGAACUGAUCGAUGUGUUGAUUUGGAUAACAAAUAUGUUUGUAUGUGUCGCGAAGGAUACACUGGAGAAAUUUGCGAAGUUAACAUAGAUGAUUGUGAAACUGACCCUUGUUUGAAUGGGGGUACUUGUCGAGAUGAAGUUGGAGAAUUCAAAUGUUUAUGUCCUGAAGGGUGGACUGGAACCCGAUGUGAAACCGAUAUUGGAUUCUGUCAAAAUCGUCCAUGUCAAAAUGAUGCUCGAUGUAUUAACUUAUUCUUGGACUAUUUCUGUGUUUGCCCAUCAGGCACAGAUGGCAAACAAUGUGAAACAGCGCCUGAACGUUGCAUCGGCAAUCCAUGUAUGCAUGGUGGUCGAUGCCAAGAUUUUGGUUCGGGAUUAAACUGUUCAUGUUCCGAAGAUUAUACAGGAAUUGGAUGUCAGUAUGAAUAUGAUGCUUGCCAAGAGGGUGAAUGUAAAAAUGGGGCAAGUUGUAUCGAUAAUGGUGAAGGAUUUACAUGUAUUUGUCCACCAGGAUAUACUGGUAAACGUUGUGAGGAGGAUAUUGUAGAUUGUAAAGAAAAUUCUUGCCCACCAUCUGCAACUUGCAUUGAUUUAACGAACAAGUUCUACUGCCAAUGUCCAUUCAACUUAACAGGCGAAGAUUGUCGUAAAACAAUCCAAGUGGAUUACGAUUUAUACUUUAGUGAUCCAACUCGAAGUAGUGCCUCUCAAGUAAUUCCAUUCUAUACCGGUGAAAAAUCUUCUUUAAGUAUCGCCAUGUGGGUACAAUUUACUCAAAAAGAUGAAGGAGGAAUAUUCUUUACUCUUUAUAGCGUAUCAGACUUGCAUGUAGCCACUGAUAGGAAAGUUUUAGUUCAAGCUCAUUCAAACGGGGUGCAAAUAUCACUUUUCCCUGAUUUACAAGACGUUUAUCUGGGUUUCCGAGAAUAUACCACCAUUAAUGACGGCCAGUGGCAUCAUAUUGCAAUUGUUUGGAAUGGAGACAAUGGCGGUGAAUUGACUUUAAUCACCGAAGGAUUAAUUGCCAGCAAAACUGAUAAUUAUGGAAGUGGACGAAAAUUGCCACCAUAUGGCUGGGUAACAUUAGGGAAACCACAAAGUGGAAACACGAAAGCGUAUACAGAAUCUGGUUUCCAAGGGCAUUUAACAAAAGUACAAAUAUGGGGACGUGCUUUAGAUGUGACAAAUGAAGUACAAAAACAAGUACGUGACUGUCGAACCGAACCAGUUUUAUACCGUGGAUUAGUUUUAACAUGGGCUGGUUACGAAGAUACUUUUGGUGGUGUUGAACGAAUAGUACCAUCACAUUGUGGCCAGAGGAUAUGCCCGGCUGGAUAUUCUGGUCCAAAAUGUCAACAAUUAGAAGUUGAUAAAGUAGCACCAAGAGUUGAACAUUGUCCUGGUGAUUUAUGGGUAAUUGCUAAGAAUGGUUCCGCAAUCGUUAAUUGGGAUGAGCCACAAUUUAGUGAUAAUGUUGGAGUUGUCAAAGUACAAGAACGUAAUGGACACCGUCCUGGACAAAACUUAUUAUGGGGAACAUAUGAUAUUGCUUAUGUCGCUUCGGAUGCUGCAGGCAACACGGCUGUCUGUACAUUUAAAGUAUCGUUACUUUCUGAAUUCUGUCCGUCGUUACCGGAUCCAAUCGGAGGAGUUCAACAGUGUAAGGAUUGGGGUGCAGGUGGACAAUUUAAAGUUUGUGAAAUUGCCUGUAAUCAAGGAUUACGAUUUUCUCAACCAGUUCCCGCUUUCUAUACAUGUGGAGCUGAAGGCUUUUGGCGACCAACUAACAAUCCUAGUUUACCAAUGAUAUAUCCAGCAUGUUCAGCGUCGAAACCAGCUCAGCGUGUAUUCAAAAUCAGUAUGCUUUUCCCAAGUUCUGUCCUCUGUAACGAAGCUGGCCAAGGUGUGCUUAGACAAAAAGUGCGAAAUUCGGUUAAUUCAUUGAAUCGUGAUUGGAAUUUCUGUUCAUACUCCGUGGAAGGAACUCGAGAAUGUAAGGAUCUUAACAUUGAUGUAAAAUGUGAUCAUCGGGCUGGCAGACAGGCACGACAAGUUCAAAACAGCCAAGAAGAAGAUGGCGGAACAUAUGUUCUAAAUGCUGAAGUCCCUGUUGAGAGCAAUGCUCGCGAAGGACGGCAAACCAGCGACACAUACAACGUCGAAAUUUCAUUCCCAUCCGUCAAUGAUCCAGUAAUACAUUCAAAUACGAACGAACGGUCCAAUGUGCAGCGUCUGUUGGAAAAACUUAUCUUAGAAGAUGACCAAUUUGAUGUACAUGAAAUCCUACCCAAUACAGUACCAGAUCCAGCAUCAUUAAUUCUAGAAUCGGAUUACGCAUGUCCUGUUGGACAAGUAGUUAUGGCUCCAGAUUGCGUUCCAUGUGCUGUCGGAACAUUCUACAACAAAGAACAAAAAAUAUGUGAACCCUGUCCUGCAGGCACAUAUCAAAGUGAAUCAGGUCAAUUACAAUGCUCAAACUGUCCGGUAAUUGCUGGUCGGCCAGGAGUAACCGUUGCUCCAGGUGCCCGAAGUGCAUCUGAUUGUAAAGAACGUUGUCCGGCUGGUAAAUACUUCGAUCACGAUACAGGACUUUGCCGCAGUUGUGGUCAUGGAUUCUACCAACCAAAUGAAGGUUCAUUCUCUUGUGAAAUUUGCGGUUUGGGAAAAACAACGCGUACCAGUGAAGCAGUAUCACGUGAUGAAUGUCGCGAUGAAUGUGGUUCUGGAAUGCAAUUAGCUGUGGAAGGCCGGUGUGAGCCAUGUCCACGAGGAACAUAUCGUACUCAAGGUGUCCAAGCUGCAUGCCAAGCUUGUCCAUCAGGACGAACUACACCAAAAGUGGGUGCCGCAUCCAUUGAAGAAUGUUCUUUGCCCGUGUGUGCACCAGGAUCAUAUUUGAAUGGUACAUUAAAUAACUGUGUAAAAUGCGAUAAAGGCACUUAUCAACCGGACAGUCAACAAACCAGUUGUAUUGUAUGCCCACCUAAUACAAGUACUAACUCCACGGGAUCGACAAGUGUCGAUGAUUGCUCAAAUCCUUGUGAAAACAAUGGUGCCGGAAUGCUUUGCGAUAUAAACGCUCAUUGUUUACUCAAUAAAGAAACAAACGAUUUCAAAUGUGAAUGUAAAGCUGGGUACAAUGGAACAGGAAGAGUUUGUACAGACUUGUGUGAUGGAUAUUGUGAGAAUGAAGGUCAAUGUAUGAAAGAUAUGCGCGGUCAACCAACAUGUCGCUGCAUUGGUAGUUUUACUGGUAGACACUGUACAGAAAAAUCUGAAUUUGCAUACAUUGCAGGUGGAAUUGCAUUCGCUGUUGUACUUAUCAUUUUGAUCAUUCUAUUAAUUUGGAUGAUUUGUGCAAGAUCAACAAGAAAGAAGGAACCAAAGAAAAUGUUAACACCAGCAAUUGAUCAAAAUGGUUCACAAGUGAAUUUCUACUAUGGUGCACCAACUCCAUAUGCGGAGAGUAUUGCACCAAGUCAUCAUUCAACAUAUGCACACUAUUAUGAUGAUGAAGAAGAUGGUUGGGAAAUGCCAAAUUUCUACAAUGAAACAUAUAUGAAGGAGAGUUUACAUAAUGGUGGAGGUAUUAAUAAUGGUCUAAAUGGCGGCGGUAAAAUGAAUAGUUUAGCACGAUCGAAUGCCAGUAUAUACGGCAACAAAGACGACUUAUAUGAUAGGUUAAAACGACACGCUUAUACGGGUAAAAAAGAUAAAAGCGAUAGCGACAGUGAAGGACAAUAAAAAGUAAAAUUUUUUGUAAUGCAGCAGGAGUGUUUAACUAUUUCUUCUGGUCAAAACAAAAAAUAUUUUAAUGCUCAAUUAAUUAAAUAAUUAAUUAAUUAAGAACAAAACAAAGACAACGAGAAACAGUUUUAAUUAAUUAAAUUGUACCUAUUUUUACAAAGAGACGAACAAUUUCAUAUAAAAUAUGUUUUUAGGAAAAAAACGUAAUUCCCAAGAAAUGUUUUUGUUUGACUUGUUUUCCAACUUAAACUUAAGCAUUUCUUAUACACUGCCAUAUGUAAAAAUGUUCCCAUAAAAUCUUUCCCCAAGUGUUUACGCUGCGUUUAGAAAACAACGGCACACAAAUAUUUAGCAAACUGUUGAUUGUUUUUAUUUAGCAAAAAAAAAAAUAGGUAGUCAACAAAUUUUAUAUUUUAAAGCGAAUGAAAUGAGAGUUACCUAAUUUGUUUUAGGAAACAAAGUUGUCAUACUAGACCAGUAGUGGCGUAUAAAAUCAUACCUUACAAAACACUAGUAGCUCUGACUUUUGUGAAUUUAAAAGGAAUUAUAGGUUUCUGUAGCUCAUUCUAAACUACAGUGACAAUUUUCAUCAGAAAACUGAUUUUUGAUUCGUUUUCAUUCGAAGAGGACAAUAUCGAAAAUCUAGAUUGACUAUUAUGAUCAUUAUAUAUGAAACCAUCUAAGGUUUUGUGUGGUAGAAAUACUCCACUACGGGUCUAUUCUUUUUUGGCAAACAAAUUGUGGUGUACUGAUAAAAUUAGAAUAAAUUCAAUUGUAAAUUUUAUAUUACGUAAAUUAUAAAAAAAAUCUAUUUGUAGUUGAAUUUGUACUAAUUAAAAAAAUAAUCGAAUUUGUACCUACUCUUUUAACGGCAGUUUGUAUUGAAAGAAAUACAUAAGUAAAAUGAAAUGACGUAAAAUUCAAAUUGAUC